AUGCUUUCAUGGACCAGGGUUACACCAGCGCACGGCUACCCCGCAGGAGCACAGUCUGGACCAACAUUCCUACCCCCUGGAAGUUCCCCUGCGUCAUCAUUCCCGCAGGAUUCGCGGCAGAAUAGUUUAGUAUAUACCAUCGAGCGCCAAGCUGCUUCUCGGGAGAGAAGCCAGUUGCCUGUCCAUUCGAUACUUUCGGGCACUCAAAUCCGGAGCUCCCUUUCUUCUUCUGCUGGGACAUAUGCACAACGUCUUUAUGCCAGCGCAAAACCCAAGGAGAAGGAGCCAUCUCUCCCGUCACAAAAUAUCGCUUAUUUGGAUGAGUCUGUGGCGCCUCCCAGAUCUGCCAAUCAUCGUACCGUGAACCGGCGCCACAUCAACCUCGGACCACCGCCUGCUGAGCAACAAAUCGAAGCUUUGAGUCGAGAUUUCAGUUCGAAAGCAGUUCUCUUAUCGUCUUCUCCCCCCUCACCUCACCGUGGUGAAGAAUGGGAUAGAUAUCCGGGAAUUUCCGACGAGAAAAGAGCAGUGCCUUCACAUACAAUAGUGUUGGCUCCGUCACGUACCUCACCGCAUUCACAUGACCACCCAAUACCCAGCCCCGUGAUCGAGGCACCCCAAUACGAGGCCCCAGCAUCGUCCUGGACAAUCCCUUGCGGUGGGCCUAGCGAAGUGCCACCGAGCUCUGAAAACGCACCCGUCAAUGUAAUCCAGUCUUCUACCCCAGAUACAGCACCCACCCUCGGUACGCUGCCCCCGGACUCGGAGGAUGUAGCAGAGGAAGUUCCUCCAUAUACUCUAGUAGAUGAAACGCCCCCUCCUCCGGAGCUGGAUGCUGACCUUGCGGAUGCAGAUGCAGGACAUGGGGAAUUGAGUGCUCAACUUAAUUCUCCCGCCAGCGGGGAUUCGUUCCCUGUAGUCCCAUCGUAUACUUCUGUAAAUUCACCGCCUGUAAGCUUUCCAGAUCCUGGACAGCGUGCUCGAUCGCCCGCUGUGUCCACCGCCAAUGGUACUACUCAGCGGGUCUGCGAACCACCUUCUGUCGUAGGUCGUAACGAGCGAUCUGGCCGACAAUCCACCAUAUCAUCGCGCUCCUCGUCUACAACUUUGAAUAUCGAGUUCGCGACGGAUCUGUAUGGUCAUUCUUAUGGCCGUCAACCAGCAAACUCCAUCCGUGAACGCACUCGUUCCACUAGCAGUCAUGCCAACACCAUCCUCGCUCCACCUCCACCUCUACCUCCACUUAUGUUCCCAUUGACAACUGCUACCGACGGGAUGAUGGCCAUGCACGGUGGCAGAAAGGCUGGGAUCUCUCCUAUAUCGACUCGGGUAACGCCGCCACCGUUUCCAUCAAAGAAUACCAGCCAUAUGUCCAUGCAGUUACCCGGUGACAGUUCCUCGUGGAACCAUUACCACCCAUCAGACGGGUCAGCUAUACAUACAUACCCAACAAAUACUACUGGGAUGUUUCGUAGGCCCACCGGCGAUUCCACUCUUCAGCCAUUACCCACACAUUCCUCGCUCAGUUCACCCUCGUCUUCACCUAUAUCACCUCACUCUUGUGCUCCUCAGCACUCCUUAUAUCCUGCACCACAACAGCCUCCCCGCAAACUGCGGCGGCCCCAGCCAGUGCCUAAUCGUGUGCGACGCCCAUCCACUGCCCCUUACUCACCUUCUGGCACGGGUGGUGGGUUUCAAAUCCAGCAGACGCCCGGGUUUCCUCUGCCGGGUCCCUGGUAG